CCGCGGAAGAGGUAUAAAGCCUCAGGCGCUGGGGUUGGGACCAUGGACAUCGAGCAGCAGAGCACAACAACUCUUUCCAUAGUUUGGCUGGACACAGUGGAAGAUGACAAGGUAUCUCAGACAAUUGCUGCUAAGCUUAGCAGUUGCGAGCCUCGGGGAUGCUGGGAUUACACGGAGAGAGGUCGAUGGCGACCUCGUACGAUUCGGAGACUUGGUGGACGUCACCGCAGACUCCCUGCACAACAUCCAUUUGGAAUUCCUCGACCACGAAUUCGAAGGUCCCCUGCGAGUUGUGUAUGGAGACUGCAACCUCCGCGACCCCUACCAGAGCCACCACGAUAUCACCAGCGUGUUUGUGCAACGAGAUGCCCGCCCCGGGCGACUAGUCUGGAUCACUCCGUCUGACGCUCCUCAUCUACACUGCCUGCAUGCAUUCUCGGGCAACUCUCUGGUCGGCCGCUCUGCGCCCGUCUCAAUUGCCAAGCGCGUCGACAAACGAGAAAGCAUCGCCGAUGUUGCCGACAUGGAGGGCCCCUGGUUUGAUGGGGUCGCAUACAUGAAGUCGAAUAGUGAGGAUGCAUCGCUGGUCGCCAAAGCUAAGAACACGUCGGUCGCUAUCCUCGGAGGCGGGAUGUCUGGCCUGAUGACAAGCUUGCUCCUCGAGUCGGUCGGGAUCCAUGACUGGCACAUCUUCGAAUCCUCGGGCAGAAUCGGCGGCCGCAUUCGCACCAAAUACCUCAACAACACGCGGCCCGAUCAGUACCAGUACCAAGAGAUGGGUCCCAUGCGAUUCCCUGUCAGCAUUACCUACUCCGACACGAACGAGACGCUUGAGAUCAUGGACCACCGGAUGGUUUUUCAACUGGCGGGGGUCCUAAACCAGAUGAACGUCGACGAGCCUGAGCUACAGGUCAACUUCAUCCCAUGGCACCAGAGCACCCCCAAUGUGCCCGCCGACUCGGGUGGGGUUCGUCUCCCCGACGGCCGCAUCCCCACCGCCGCCGACGUCGCGGCCAACUCCUCCUUAGUCUACACGGCGGCCUCGUCAAAUGCCACCGCUGUCGCCGAUGCAAAGGCCGCCUACGAUAAUUACACGACGAUCGAUUCGCGCGAGACCAUCGCCCAGAUCGCCACGAACAUGUACAAGAUGCACCGCUGGGCCGUGGACAACAACAUGUUUCACUGGUCCGAGGCCGGAUACCUGCAAUACGCUCUUGGAUAUAAUGCCAACAUCAGCGAUUACGUCGCCGGCACCACCGACUUUCCCAUUUGGGGGGACCUGUAUGACGACGUGUAUUUUGCUGCCACGGAAUGGCGCACCAUCGAUAAGGGUCUCGAGUCCCUGCCUCGCGCCUUCUACCCGCACGUCUCGGACCGACUGACGCUGAACCGCACGAUCAGCGGACUCACGUACAAUGAAACCUCCGGCAAAAUUGGAGUCUCCUGGCGGGAUGAUCUAUUUGCAAUGACGCCCACGACGCAGGAGUAUGAUUACGCCGUCGUGGCCGCGCCCUUCAGCAAAGUACGACUCUGGGAACUGCCGCGGUACUCUUCGUUGCUCAGUCGCGCCAUCUCGACAUUGAACUACGAUCCGGCCUGUAAGAUGGCGCUGCUCUACAAGACUCGCUUCUGGGAGCACUUGGAGGAGCCGAUCUACGGUGGCUGCGGCUCGGUCGAUGUAGCCGGGGUGGGCAACGUCUGUUACCCGUCUUACAACCUCAACGGCACCGGGCCGGGCGUCAUCCUGGCUUCGUACAUCUCCGGCACGGAGGCGCGCUCCACCGCAGCGCUGAGCGAGGAAGAGCACGUCGCGCUUGUUCAGCGGACCAUGGUGGAGGUUCAUGGCGAGGUCGCGGCAGAGCAAUUCACCGGCAUCUACGACCGCCAAUGUUGGGAGGUCGAUCAGCACCAGGCGGGUGCAUGGGCGGAUCCGUUGGUUGGACAGCAGGAACUGUACCUCCCAGCCUACUACCAGACGGAGCUCAAGACGAUCUUUAUCGGCGAGCAUACAAGUUAUACCCAUGCGUGGAUCUUUUCUGCCUUAGACUCGGCUGUUCGUGGCACGACGCAGUUGCUGCUGGAUCUGGGACUGGUGGAUGAGGCCAAGUCAAUUGUGAAUGAGUGGAUGGGUCGGUGGAUUAAGCUGUAAAGAGGGCUAAAUCAUAGUUGGGACUGUUGUGUAUGCCCUUGUAUGUUCCAGCGUAUACUCGUGCAAUGUCCAAGUCUGUCAUGACUGCACGAUG